UGAAUUUGAAGAGCUGGAAGCAGUUCCAACCAUGGCUGUAAUUGAUGGUCCUCUAGAGCCAUCGUCAUCUACUGCCUCAAAUGCUCCGCAUCUCCCUGAGGAAAAUGCCUUUUUGAACUUCUUCAGUAAUGCUAUGACAAUUGGGAAUGCUCCGAGUACUACAGUUCCAGGGCAGCUAUACCACUCAUCUUCACCGGUCCUGCCUCCUCCUCGUCCUCCUGCUGCUGUUCCUCCCUCUUCAGCACCUGCCCUGAUUCAAUCUCCGCCUCUUUCAACUUCUUCCCUUUUGAGGCCCCUCCUUGAUGCAUCUGAAUCAGACAGCAGUGCUAAAUGGUCUUCAAAUCUUGUGAAGCCAUCAUCAUUUUUUGGUCCUCCAACUGCCUCUUCUCCGCUGAUGCCUGCCGUUUCUUCAUCUGUGCCCACUGCUCCUCCACUUCUUCCGCUUGGGAAUCUCCAACGCCCUUAUGGAGCUCCUUUGCUUCAACCAUUUCCUCCGCCGACUCCUCCUCCAUCUCUCACUCCUGCUUCUGCUCCUACCCCAAACUAUGGACCUGUUGUUAGCAGAGACAAAGUGCGGGAAGCACUUCUAAUGCUUGUUCAGGACGACCAAUUCAUUGACAUGGUAUAUCGGGCAGUGCUAAAUGCUCAUCAUUCAUAAUAUGAAGAGGAACUCUUCUAAUCUGUCUAAUGAAAUUUCAAUACAUCGUGUUUACUGGAGCUGAAAGAGGAUCAAGUGGUCAAGUGUAUAGGGGGGUUCCUUCUGUUUAUGGUGUCCGUGUGAGACCCGCUAUGUAUAGUUAUAGUUAUAGUUUUUUUUUUUUUUUUUUUUUUUUUUUUUUGGAGUUUAACCCCUCUGAUAUAUAGUUGCUUUCGUUUUGUGGGUUUUACCAGUCUGGACACUCCAAUUUUGUUCUUUGUACUAUUAGCGAGAAUCAUGUGAACUGUGUAUGUGUUGCCAGCCUUGGCCUGUGCAAACAAUUCUUAUGAUGAU